CCUGUUUGUUCUGUGAAGGACGAAGCCGUCACUCGUUUUCGAAGAGCUGCAGAUUUUAAUUUCUUUUUCGUGACUUCGUGGUCGUCAUUACUCACCGUCUUCCCAGGGCCUGAGUGGGUCGGCUGCCAGCACCUAAUCCUGUUGUUUCAACAGCGACAACAGAAUCAAGAUAGUUACUCCCUCCGGGCCGCUUUCGGAGAACUGAUGGGAUUCAACGAUGUUCGCAGGCGACCUCACAACGAUCACCACUGCCACGUUUGCCCUGUCGAUUUCGCUCACCACGAGUCGCCGAUCCGAGGACUAGAGGAUCACCACACACACCAGAGGAGACGGAAAAUCUUAAUAUAAUGGAAGAGACCACGAAGGAGGGACAUAGCACCAGUAAAACCAUCGAGUCGGGGUCGUCCGGGAGCUUGCCAAAGAGGAAGUUCGCGCCGCAGCUUGUCGAGUCAAGCAGUCGAUCGUCAAGAAAACCCGAAAACCACCGUUCCGGUGCCCCCGAACAGUCACAACCUCGAAGCCGGAUAAAACCACAGCUCAUCGAAACGACCAAGGAUCAUCGCGGCGGGAAGUCGGGCAAAUCCCAUAGCGGAAACCCAUCCCUGAAGCAACAGGAGGGCAAGGCAGGCAAUGCCACGGUGCCUGACCCGAAAUCUUCCCCCAAGAAGUUUACACCUCAACUCAUCGAAACUGCAAAACGUUCCUACAGACAGGCUGGUCCAGACAGCCCCUCCACAUUACCCCAAAGCCGAAAUCGGAUCCGAAUUGCAGGAUGGAGCGUCCCGUUGAACCCUCGUCCGGAGCACGAGGAGGAUUCUCGGUUUUCCUACGCAAAUCUUGUCCGUCGUCGGGACAGCAGGAGACAUUCGUUUCGAGUUCCCGAUCUUCCUGCGAUACCGUCAAGCAGCAGCGAUGACUCUCUCCCUUCCCCAGUGACUUCGUUUUCUACUACUCCCACAUUCACUACGGAUAAAACCUCGCAGCCAUGCAACGCGCAAGCUCCAUCUCCCGAUAACACCGGUGGGCAUUUUAUGGAUAUUGAUUUGUAUUCUUUACCCGCUCGAACACGGGAAAGGCUGUUGAAAGAGCGAGCCCUUGCGGCUUUCCCCAAUGAGCAGGUGUACCAGCCGGUCGCGCAUUUUGCGAUCGACAAGGAGGACGAUGAUGACACGGGCGACGAUGAUAGCAGUGUGGAGACUACGUUUAGGAGCAUGACUCUUGAUCUGGCAAGAUUCCGACGGGAAUCUAGUGUGGAUUUAACAUGGGAGCUGGAGGAGAUGAGACGACAUAAAGAAGAGUCAGAAAUGCGGGCUAGAGAGAAACGCUUCGCCUCCGGCCACUCCCCGUUCUCUGCUGCCGCACUGGCAGCCAAGAGAAUGAUGGAGGAGGCCAGUGCUAUGGAUGGCAUCACUGGUGGAUGGCAGAAAGGUGCUGAUGCGACAAACAAGAGGCGCGCUGUACGCCCUCCGAUGUUGGGCGGUGAUAUUAUUUUUCCCCAGUGCCAGUCACCGCAGACUACGCGGUGCGAGACUGACCAGACACCGACUUCCCACAAAGACGACAAUGGUGGUGCACCUGAGCAGCAGGUUAAUUCCCUCUGGAUUCCCGAAGUUCACUGCGAUCUUUGUGACGAACCCGGUCUAUGGAAUGGGACAUGCAAGAGGCCUAGCGGGACAAAUUUAUCGGCCCUUUCCUCCGCGAAUAAAGCCGCCCCUGAAACUGGCCCUGAGGAUACAGACUGUGAAAAGUCUGUUACCGCUACUGGACUUUGUACGAACAAUCUUGCUAUUCCACCUACAAAGUCGCCUCGUCCCCAGGACAAAAAGAAAUACGAAGACAAGCAAGCUUUGGAAGAGGAAAUAAAUCAGGAGUUUAACGAUUCUUUUGUCACACAGAUAUACAACUAUCUCUCGCUUGGCUAUCCUUGUCUCGCACGCGAUUAUGACGAAGAAUUCAGCUCUGUUACUGGAAUAUCCGUUGAAGAACUUCGGAAAGAUGACCAGCAUGCCAAUGCGAAAGGUUAUCUGGGCGCUCCCGAGGGACCUUCAGAGACCGACGGCAAGUGCAUGCGGUGGACAGCCCUAAAGUUGUAUAUUCACGAAUGGGCACGCCAGCAGCCUAGGGCGAGCAGUCCGGGAUCUGGUCUUGAGGGCUGGGGUGUCAGAGCAAGAGGGAGCUGGGCGGUAUAAUCCCAGUCCUUGGCACGCCUCAUUUCUUCGGAGUAUAUUUUUCUUUUUUUUUUUUUUUUUUUUUUCAUUUGGGCUCCUGGGUUGGGCUAGGUUGCAAAAUUUUAUUUGGCCACGGUGUUUGGCGACAAGUUCUAUUAAAGGGUUUUCGGCUUGCUGUUCGAUAAAUUUCCUUACAGCGACACGAAUUUUCUUGACUAAGUGGGUUUUACGAUUCUCGAUCUGCAGUUUUAUAUCCUCCCAGUGUUUGUGAAAGAUCUUUAUCGGUUUUGGCGAUUCCCCUUGAUAGCAAAGGUGUUAGUGCCUUGUCCAUUCUGUCCUGAUCGCGCGGCGUAUGGGAUCUGGUGUGUUUUUGUUUUCACUUCUAGACUGGCAUUGUACUUUUCAGUUUUUAUGAAGGGAUGCUCCAUCAAUUGAAGCGACUCGAAUACAAGCGCAACCCAGAUAAAUUCCUACUUGGGUCCUUGGGAAUGGAAGCUCGUGUAGCAACUCGCUAGAGAGACAGGGAAUGUCUUCCUAUAUUGGAUAUCGCUCAAUAUUGCUUAGGGGCCUUCGUGCGGUUCCUCUGCUGUUCUCUCGAGCUAUCCAGGACCGCCGACCCAGAGGCGAUUUUGACCAAGUCAAGCUUGAAAAC